AUGUCAGAAGAAGUGCCUAAGCACGAAGCUCCCUCGGCGAUCAGCCCAAUAGAAAGCGAGGAGAAAGGCCUGGCCCCCAAACCUCUCGAGCGCGUGCCGCCCAAUGGUGGUGCCAAGGCAUGGGCUUGCGUUGCUGGCUCGUUUUUGCUACAGUUCUGCUCAUUCGGUUACGUCAACGCGUGCGGAAUCUUCCAGUUGUACUACCAGGAGACCAUGUUCAAGGACCAAACCUCGUCAGCCUUGGCGUGGAUUACCACCCUACAGAUCUUCCUGCUUUUCAUGUUCGGUCCCGCUGUCGGCAAACUGAUUGAUGUCUAUGGAUGUCGCAGGACGCUCCCGCCAUUCAGCAUCGCGGCUGUGUUUUCCGUGUGCAUGCUGAGCUUGUGCACCAAGUACUGGCAGGUCAUGCUGGCACAGGGAGUCGCCUUCGGUCUGGCUGCCGCUGGGCUAUCUCUUCCCGCCAUGGCAACGGCGACGCAGUGGUUUUCGACUAAGAAAGGGUUGGCAGUCGGCAUUGUGUCCGCAGGCAGCAGUCUAGGUGGAGUGAUUUACCCAUGUAUGCUCCCUCGACUGAUUGAACAGGUCGGCUUCGCGUCGGCUGUCCGUUGGACUGCCCUCAUGCAAGGCAUCCUUUUGUUUAUUGCCAACCUUCUCUGCUCGUCCCCUUACCCGCCGCUUGGUAGAGCAAGUAAAGGAACCUCCACAGAGAAGGAUGCUACAGAUGCUCCUCCCCGCAGCAGUGGUCUUCGCGGAUUCAAGAGUUUGCCCUGGGGUUUCUUCGUUUUGGGUUGUUUCUUCACCAUGUGGGGCCUUUUUGCGCCCCUGAAUUACCUCCCGGAGAUGGCUGCGCUUCAUGGAUAUCAAGACUUUGCUCAGUACACCUUGGCGAUUGCCAAUGCAGGAUCUCUGGUUGGCCGGAUUGUGCCUGGCUGGGUAAGUGACAUCAUCGGACAGUUCAACACCAUGUGCAUCGUGACCAGUCUAUCCGGAGUCUUGGUGUUGGCCUUCUGGCUGCCACUGGAGUUUCAUACAUCUCUGGCCGGUAUUAUUGUGUUUGCCUUGCUGUUUGGUUUUGUCAGCGGCGGCUUCGUGAGUCUCGGGCCCCCUUGUGUCGUUUCUCUUGCGGAAGACCGUGUGGAUGAGAUCGGAGUGAAGCUCGGCGGCUUCUGUUUGGCCAUUGCGCUGGGAGCAUUGACCGGCCUUCCAAUCGAAGGAGCGAUCAAAGACCGCGAAGGCAACAAGUUCACGGGGUUGAUGUGCUUUGCAGGAGCAACGAUGAUUCUCGGGGGAGUAUGCACGGCGACCGCUCGGGUGUUCAAGGGCGGACCGCGACUCAUGAAGAAAGUUUGA